AUGGGGAAGCCAUUCCAAAGAAUUCAUGCCGCUAUCGUAGGCAAAUUCGAAGACGGCGUCGGCGAAAAGAUCCCACAGUGGAUUAGAGCAAAUGGAGGGCAGUUUUCGAGAGAUGUGAACUCGCGAGUUACCCAUCUCAUUGCCACAAAGGAGGCGUUCAAAAACAAUGCAGCUUCAGUGGCGACUGCUAAGAAGACUAGCACGGUCAAGAUCGUCUCAUACGAUUGGCUUGAAGACUCGCUGUUGUCAGCCACCCGCCGGCCAAAGCCUGAAGAGCCAUAUCUUCUGAAGAAUCUGAUGAAGCCCGAGAAGAAGGAAGUCUCGAGAAAGAAGGCCACGCCGAAGUCCUCAAAGGUGGUCAAAGAGGUCAAAAAACGUCGGAUAGCUGAUCCUUUCCUCAGCCUAAAGGGCAAAAGCAAACCCGUGCGUCGGGUGUACCAGGACAGAAAGACCAAGGUGGUUUACAGCACCACCUUAUUCCGCCCAUCGAAACCACCAGGCACUAGCAGAGAAAAAUGCCAAUUGACUGUAAGUCAUAUUGUGGCAGUGCGUGAAUGUUUCCAUAAUAUUGAUAUUACCCAGCUUUUCGAAUCCAUCGCUGAACCACACACCUACUCGGCCUACACCAAAUUCAGUCGCAUUGGCACAUCCAAUGUCGAAAUUCUGGCGGGGCCAAGGUGCAAACUGGAGCUUGCCGUGGACAAAUUCAAGCAGUUCUUCAAAGAACAGACUGGCAAGGAAUGGGACAAAAGGGCAAGCGGAAAGAUGCCACCCCCAAAGACAGGCCCGAACGGAAAGAGUUUGCCUGUUCACGAGGGGUGGUUCUAUCUCGAGGAAAAGAUGACCAUUAUUGGUGCAUUCCUCAGGGAACCCCAGAACACAAGUUCUCAAGGAUCGACUGGCGACGUCGCAUGCGAUCGCACCCAAGAGGGCGGUAUCGAUGAUAAGAUGGCAAAUCAUCACGUUGAAGAUGGGGACGAAUACGGAUCUGAGGCUGAUGGUGAGGAUGAUGAAAUGGAUAGCUAG